UUCACUAAGUCAGACAUUUCAAUAAUUCAGGACUUUUUUAUGAAAUUUGGAAAAGAGUUUCUAAAAAAAGACUUAUCUCAAUACUAUACUCCACUGCCAGUAGUUAAGUUUAUUUCGUCAAUUUUGGAUAUUAGACCUAACCAAUUAGUAAUAGACCCUGCUGGCGGUAGUGCUGAUUUCUUAGUAGAUAUUUCUGAGGAUGCUCACAAGGUAGCCCACAUAAAUAUGAUUUUGCACGGUGAUGGAAGAGGAAAAAUGAAGGUGCUAGAUAGCAUAGAAGAAUACGAUAAAAUGAAUGAAAAAUUUGACUUUUGUAUCACUAAUCCGCCUUUUGGCGAUAAGACUUUAGGAAUUUUAUUUAUUGAAAGAACAAUUAAUUUGCUAAAAGAAGGCGGAAUUCUGGUCAUCAUUUUGCCUUCGGGGUACUUAAACAAUCAAAGUUUAAAAUAUAUAAGAGAAUAUCUUCUUAAAUACACAAUUGUUGCCGAUAUUUCUUUACCCGAAGGAGUAUUUAAAGGUGCUGGAACAGGAGUAAAAACGGACAUCUUAAUUAUGAAAAAAGAGAUCAAUCCUCCGCAGAGUUAUAAAAUUUUUGUUUCUUCUCCUAAAAAACUUGGUUUUAAUUACCGUAGUAAGAAACUUGAGCCUAUAUAUAAAAUUGACGAAAAUAGCGGUGAGUAUCUGCAAAGCAGCGAGAACACCAAUAUUCCUGAUGAUGAACUAAAUGAAACAGUGGCUGAGAAAUUUAAGAAAUUUUGUUGUGAUGAAAACUUAGAAGGAUUUGAGAAAUGUAAAGCGGGAGAUGAAUGUAAUUCUAAGUUAGAAACUUACGAUUUUUUAAGGUUAGAAGAGUUAAAAAAGGAUGAAAAUUACAAACUGAAGCCUGAAUUUUUUCUUAAUUCUUUUCGGGAACACGUGAAUAAACUUGCUGAUAAAAAAGCAAUAACUUUGCGAGAACUCUUAAACAAAGGAGAAACAAUAUCAGUUGAAAAUAAACGUUCAAUUGAAGUUGAGGAUUCUUCUGAGUACUGGCAAUCCAUUAAGAAAUAUGACAUUUGUUUAAGCUACCUUUUAGGAAGUAGAGACAAAUUUUUUAUGAUGUUAGAAGAUGAAACGGACAAUAUUGUAGUUACUAAUGGGUUCUACCGAGUUAGGAUAAAUAAUGAAAGUCAUAUUCAAACAAAUAUAGUGCCUGAGAGAGUUUGGGAUUUUAGGUUUCCUUUGCUAAGUGAGGAAGAAGUUAAAAAUUGGAAAGACUAUUUGGUUAAGUGCAAUAAAUCCCCCUUAAAAAUUGAUAUAUAUAUGCCUAAUGAUUUAGAAUUAUUUUUUGAAGAUUUAAAAAACAAAGGAAUAACUGCCGACUUGGCUAAUCACGAAAAUUUUUGCCAAUUACAACCAGAAGAAAAAGUUAUUUACUUAGGGAUAGACUGCACAGCUGAAAGUUUACAUAUCGGUCAUUUGUUUUUGUUGUUCCAAACUAUUCGUUUUGCCCGAGAGAGAUUUCGGGUGCUUUUGGUGUUAGGAGGUGCCACUAGCAAAAUCGGUGACCCCAGCGAUAAACUCCAAGAACGACCCCAAUUAGCCAGCGAAAAAUUAGUCGCAUACGAGCGGGCCAUAAAAUCCCAAUUGGAAAGGAUUCUUUUUGCUCCGUUGCAAUUAACUAAUUUAGAUUUAGCCCCGCUAGAAACUUUUUAUGCCAACCAACCUGAAUUAUUAGAAAAUAUAUACCGAGUAUUAGAAAUUCCUCCCACCGGAAAAAAUGCGGAAAAAUGA